CAACAACAUAACGCGACGGCGCCACAUACAGACGGGAUUGGGAACUGAACACAUCAAUCAAAGUCGAUCAGACCUGAGUGACCCGUAUCCCGCGUGGACCCAGGCCAAGCCAGGAUCGGCCUCCCACCUUGACAGCCCGCCCGCCCAGCUCGCCCGCCGCAGCCUACACGCACGCAGCUGAGAGGCAAGCUAACGGGACACGAAAAAAGAGGCCAGAUUAUGCUACAUUGCGCAUCCCUUUCUUUCCUCCUCAGCUCUGCGCUCGCCCAAUAGUCGACUGCACGGAAUUGUUUGUUUUUCCGCAACAGAGUUGCCUCUGUUUUCCUUUUGGUCUCUCCGUCAGACGAGAGUUUUGGCCUGUCAAUUUCCUCGCGGGCCGUUGAUGUCGGAUUGAUUUAAAUGAUUUCUGGGGUAGACUUCUGACCUGUGUCUUCUUUUUUCCAAUUCCACUCUGGACCACCUCCUUUUUUCUCCUUCGACACGCUCGUUUCUACGUCAUCUUUUCCACCCAUCACCUCCCCAUUCUCCCGAGGGACCUCUUUGCUAAGGUCCUUGAGUGUUUAUCGGCCGAUCCACAGACGCACCUGUCAUCAAGCAGUGUGUAGAGCAACCCCGUCGCGAUGGCCGCUGUUCCGGCGGCGGUGGCCUCGGGCGCCGACCUGGGCGACCUUAGGAGGCGCAACGUGCCAGGCGAAGAGACGGCGCCCCUCAUCCCCAAGGUUGAGGCGGACGAUGACAAGAAGAAGGCUGCUAAGAAGCAACCUUCGAUCCUCGAGGUCCUCGACCAGUGGGAGUUCCUGAUCGCACCCGUCGUCUUUACCAUCCUGGCCUUCUUCACGCGCUUUUACCAGAUCGGCAAGUCCAACAUUGUCACCUGGGACGAGGCGCACUUUGGAAAGUUCGGAUCGCACUAUAUCGAACGCACCUACUACUUCGAUGUCCACCCCCCGCUGGGCAAGAUGCUGGUCGGCCUUUCGGGCUACAUGGCUGGCUACAACGGCUCCUUCGAGUUCAAGUCGGGCGAGAAGUACCCUGACUGGGUCAACUACACUUUCAUGAGGCAGUUCAACGCUUUCUUCGGCGCCGUCAUCAUUCCUAUGGCAUACUUUACUGCCAAGGAGCUCAACUUCCGCCGCCCCGCUGUCUGGCUCGUUACCCUGAUGGUUCUGUGCGAGAACAGCUACACGACCAUCUCUAGGUUCAUCCUUCUCGACUCCAUGCUGCUGUGCGGUACUGUUUCUACCGUCUUCUGCUGGGCCAAGUUCCAUCGUCUCCAGCACAAGAGCUUUGAGCCCGAGUGGUUCCUCUGGCUGUUCCUGACUGGGUUCAGCAUUGGGUGCGUCACUAGCGUGAAGCUUGUCGGCCUCUUCGUCACUGCGCUCGUCGGCCUUUACACUAUCCAGGACCUGUGGAACAAGUUUGGCGAGCUGAAGAUGCCGCCUCUGGAGCUUGGAGCCCACGUUGCCGCGCGCGUUGUUGGCCUCAUCGUUCUCCCCUUCCUCGUCUACAUGCUCAGCUUCGCCAUUCACUUCGCCGUUCUUACGAAGACGGGCCCGGGUGAUGCACAGAUGAGCUCUCUCUUCCAGGCAAACCUGCGGGGAACCGAGGUCGGCAAGGACAGUCCCUUGGAGCUUGCUUACGGCAGCCGCGUCACCAUCAAGAACAUGGGCUACGGUGGCGGUCUCCUUCACAGCCACGUCCAGACGUACCCCGAGGGCUCGACGCAGCAGCAGGUGACGUGCUACCACCACAAGGACUCCAACAACGACUGGUUCUUCUACCCGAACCGUCGCGAGCCCGAGUAUAAUGAGACCGAGGAGCCGCGCUUCAUUGGUGACGGCGACAGCUUCCGUCUGAUCCACGCCCAGACCGGCCGCAACAUGCACUCGCACGAGAUCUCGGCUCCCGUGACCAAGUCGGACAAGGAGGUCUCGUGCUACGGCAACCUCACCAUCGGCGACGACAAGGAUCACUGGAAGGUUGAGGUUGUCCGCGACGUAGCCUCGCGCAACCGCAGCCGCAUCCGGACUCUCACUACCGCCUUCCGGUUGAAGCAUGAAGUUCUGGGCUGCUACCUCCGCGCCGGCAAUGUCAAUCUGCCUCAAUGGGGUUUCAAGCAGAUCGAGGUUGCCUGCACGCCCAAGAACAACCCUCGCGACACUUACACCUGGUGGAACGUUGAGGCGCACACCAAUGACAAGCUGCCCAAGGGAAACCCCGCCGUCUACAAGUCGCCAUUCAUCCAUGACUUCAUUCACCUCAACGUUGCCAUGAUGACCUCGAACAACGCUCUGGUGCCAGACCCUGACAAGCAGGAUGAUCUCGCUUCCCAAUGGUGGCAGUGGCCUAUCCUCAACGUCGGUCUACGCAUGUGUGGUUGGGACGACAACAUCGUCAAGUACUUCCUCCUCGGCAACCCCUUUGUCUACUGGGCCACCACGGCCUCGCUGGGCUUUGUCGGCCUGCUGGUCGUCUGGUACGUGCUUCGCUGGCAGCGCGGGUACAGGGAGCUUUCCAAGCCCGAGAUGGAACAGAUCCUCUACUCGGGCAUCUACCCCAUCAUUGGCUGGUUUCUGCACUACCUGCCGUUUGUGGUGAUGGCGCGUGUCACUUAUGUGCACCACUACUACCCGGCUCUCUACUUCGCCAUCCUGUCCUUCGGCUUCCUGAUCGACUGGACGCUGAGGAGCCUGCAGAAGCCGAUCCAGUACGGCCUGUACAGCAUCCUCUAUGUUGUGGUCAUCGGGCUGUACAUCAUGUUCAUGCCCAUCUGCUGGGGAAUGACGGGCCCCAACAAGCAGUACAGCUACAUGAAGUGGUUCGACACGUGGAGGAUGUCAGACUAAUUCUAGUGGGAUGACUGUUUUCCUUGCCGGUGCGUUUUGCCCGGGACGGAUGGAGCCAGGCCCCCUCAACUACUAGUAUGUGUGGGCAUGGGGUUCCUGAGGGGCAGCCUUCACCAAACAUACGCAUGUAAAACAGUCAGCCACUUUGCGGAACGAAUCUCCCUUCUCCUCCAGGGGUGGAUGUCAUCUCCUUUGUCUAUCGCGGUGAACAAUCUAGAAACGGAUAAGCCAGCACAACGGGGAGCCGGGCUUAGUUAGAAAAGAGGGAGAUAGGGACUUGUGCGGGAAGGGGAGUUCAGGUUCACAUGGCCAACGGCUUGGCUAGCCGGAAACCGCCCAAGCAGACAUCGGUCCGAAUGAGGCCGAGUGGCAGCUUUCCCUCGAGCCGAGAGUAAUGCAGGGAAUCGAAUGCAAUUCAUUUCUUUUUUUUUUUGGCC